AAGAAUGUUGGAUUAAGAAUCUCAUCAGAAUCCGUUAUUUCUUCAAUGGACAGAGAUGCUUAUGAGGAUGCUGAUGCUAAUGCUGAUUAUGAAAGCCUGGAGAUGCAGGAUGCUGAAAAACAAUUCAAGUACGUGAUCCUCGGUGGUGGCGUAGCUGCUGGAUAUGCUGCUAGCGAGUUUGUUAAGCAAGGUGUAAAGCCCGGUGAGCUGACAAUUAUCUCAAAAGAAGCGGUGGCUCCAUAUGAACGUUUCACACUUAGCAAGGAAUAUCUUCUCCCUCACAAACCUUCCAGACUUCCAGAUUUCCAUGUGUGUGUUGGAAGUGGAGGAGAGAGACAACUUCCUGAGUGGUACAUAGAGAAUGGAAUAAACUUGAUCCUUAGCACAGAAAUUAUUCAAGUAGAUCUUGCUUCCAAGGCUCUUGUUAGUGCAUCUGGCAAAGUCUUCAGGUAUCAAAUAUUGAUAAUUGCAACUGGUUCCUCACCGGCAAGGUUGGCAGAUUAUGGUGUACAAGGAAUUGAUGCAAAAAAUAUCUUCUACUUGAGAGAAAUUGAUGAUGCUGAUAAGUUGGUCGAAGCGGUUAAAGCAAAGAAGAAGAGAAAGGCUGUGAUUGUUGGAGGAGGAUAUAUCGGUCUUGAGGUUAGUGCAGCUUUUCGAAUAAACAAUUUGGAUGUUACUAUGGUUUGUCCUGAACAAUGUUGCAUGCCUCAACUCUUCACCGCUGGUAUUGCCGCUUUCUAUGAGGGUUAUUAUGCUUAUAAAGGGAUCAAAACUGUUAAGGGAACAGAUCCUGUUGGAUUUACAGCUGACUCUAAUGGCGAUGUCAAAGAAGUUAAACUAAAGGAUGGCAGAGUGCUGGAAGCCGACAUUGUUUUUGUCGAUGUAGGAACUAGACCUCUCACAUCAUUAUUUAUGGGACAGGUUGAAGAGGAGAAAGAUGGAAUCAAGACUGAUGCAUUUUUUAGGACAAGUGUUCCUGAUGUGUAUGCUGUGGGAGAUGUUGCUACUUUUCCUGUGAAAUUGUACAAUGAGAUGAGAAGAGUUGAGUGUCUCGACCAUGCGUACAAAUCAGCUGAGCAUGUUGUGAAGGUCAUCAAGGCAAAUGAGAAAGGCAAAACGACUGAUGAGUAUGACUACAUCCCAAACUUGUAUUCUCGAGUCUUUGAUCUCUCAUGGCAUUUUUAUGGUGAAACUGUUGGUGAGGCGGUGCUAUUUAGAAACAUGAAUCCAGCAUGUUCACUGCGUAAGUUUGGGACAUACUGGAUAAAAGAGGGGAAGAUUGUUGGAGCUUUCCUUGAGAGUGGGACCCUUGAAGAAAAUAAGACGAUUGCCGAAGUUGCUAGGCUUCAGCCCGCUGUUGAUAAGUUAGAUGUCAUAAUAAAUAAGUUGGGAAGUUCCUCGAAAGCAAUAUACAGAGGUGCUGAUGCUAAUUAUGAAUUCAAGUAUGUGAUCCUCGGUGGUGGCGUAGCUUCUGGAUAUGCUGCUAGCGAGUUUGUUAAGCAAGGUGUAAAGCCCGGUGAGCUGACAAUUAUCUCAAAAGAAGCGGUGGCUCCAUAUGAACGUUUCACACUUAGCAAGGAAUAUCUUCUCCCUCACAAACCUUCCAGACUUCCAGAUUUCCAUGUGUGUGUUGGAAGUGGAGGAGAGAGACAACUUCCUGAGUGGUACAUAGAGAAUGGAAUAAACUUGAUCCUUAGCACAGAAAUUAUUCAAGUAGAUCUUGCUUCCAAGGCUCUUGUUAGUGCAUCUGGCAAAGUCUUCAGGUAUCAAAUAUUGAUAAUUGCAACUGGUUCCUCACCGGCAAGGUUGGCAGAUUAUGGUGUACAAGGAAUUGAUGCAAAAAAUAUCUUCUACUUGAGAGAAAUUGAUGAUGCUGAUAAGUUGGUCGAAGCGGUUAAAGCAAAGAAGAAGAGAAAGGCUGUGAUUGUUGGAGGAGGAUAUAUCGGUCUUGAGGUUAGUGCAGCUUUUCGAAUAAACAAUUUGGAUGUUACUAUGGUUUGUCCUGAACAAUGUUGCAUGCCUCAACUCUUCACCGCUGGUAUUGCCGCUUUCUAUGAGGGUUAUUAUGCUUAUAAAGGGAUCAAAACUGUUAAGGGAACAGAUCCUGUUGGAUUUACAGCUGACUCUAAUGGCGAUGUCAAAGAAGUUAAACUAAAGGAUGGCAGAGUGCUGGAAGCCGACAUUGUUUUUGUCGAUGUAGGAACUAGACCUCUCACAUCAUUAUUUAUGGGACAGGUUGAAGAGGAGAAAGAUGGAAUCAAGACUGAUGCAUUUUUUAGGACAAGUGUUCCUGAUGUGUAUGCUGUGGGAGAUGUUGCUACUUUUCCUGUGAAAUUGUACAAUGAGAUGAGAAGAGUUGAGUGUCUCGACCAUGCGUACAAAUCAGCUGAGCAUGUUGUGAAGGUCAUCAAGGCAAAUGAGAAAGGCAAAACGACUGAUGAGUAUGACUACAUCCCAAACUUGUAUUCUCGAGUCUUUGAUCUCUCAUGGCAUUUUUAUGGUGAAACUGUUGGUGAGGCGGUGCUAUUUAGAAACAUGAAUCCAGCAUGUUCACUGCGUAAGUUUGGGACAUACUGGAUAAAAGAGGGGAAGAUUGUUGGAGCUUUCCUUGAGAGUGGGACCCUUGAAGAAAAUAAGACGAUUGCCGAAGUUGCUAGGCUUCAGCCCGCUGUUGAUAAGUUAGAUGUCAUAAUAAAUAAGUUGGGAAGUUCCUCGAAAGCAAUAUACAGAUCUGCCAAGCCUGGUUAUGAAUUCAAGUAUGUGAUCCUUGGCGGUGGCGUCUCUGCUGGAUAUGCAGCGAGGGAGUUUGUUAAGCAAGGUGUUAAGCAAGGAGAGCUGGCGAUUAUCUCAAAAGAAGCAGUGGCUCCAUAUGAACGUCCAAUGCUCAGCAAGGAAUAUCUUCUCCCUGAGCGACCAGCUAGACUUCCAGAUUUCUAUGUGUGUGUUGGAACUAAAGGAGAGAGACAGCUUCCUGGGUGGUACACAGAUAAAGGAAUAGAACUGAUCCUUAGCACAGAAAUUAUUCAAGUAGAUCUUGCUUCCAAGGCUCUUGUUAGUGCAUCUGGCCAAAUCUUCAGGUAUCAAACAUUGAUAAUUGCAACUGGUUCCACAUUGGUAAGGUUGACAGAUUUUGGUGUACAAGGAACUGAUGCGAAAAAUAUCUUCUACUUGAGAGAAAUUGAUGAUGCUGAUAAGUUGGUUGAAGCGGUUAAAGCAAAGAAGAAGAGGAAGGCUGUGAUUGUUGGAGGAGGAUAUAUCGGUCUUGAGGUUAGUGCAGCUUUGCGAAUCAACAAUUUGGAUGUUACUAUGGUUUAUCCUGAACAAUGGUGCAUGCCUCGACUAUUCACUGCUGGUAUUGCCGCUUUCUAUGAGGGUUAUUAUGCUUAUAGAGGGAUCAAAUUUGUUAAGGGAACAGACCCUGUUGGAUUUACAGCUGACUCUAAUGGCGAUGUCAAAGAAGUAAAACUAAAGGAUGGCAGAGCAUUGGAAGCCGACAUUGUUUUUGUUGAUGUAGAAACUAGACCUCUGACAUCAUUAUUCAAGGGACAGGUUGAAGAGGAGAAAGAUGGAAUAAAGACUGAUGCAUUUUUUAGGACAAGUGUUCCUGAGGUGUAUGCUGUGGGAGAUGUCGCUACUUUUCCUAUGAAAUUGUACAAUGAGAUGAGAAGAGUUGAGUAUGUUGACCAUGCCUGCAAAUCAGCUGAACAUGUUGUGAAGGUCAUCAAGGCAAAUGAGAAAGGCAAAACGAUUGAUGAGUAUGACUACAUCCCAUACUUCUAUUCUCGAGUCUUCGAUCUGUCAUGGCAUUUUUAUGGUGAAACUGUUGGUGAGCCGGUGCUAUUUAGAAACUGGAAUCUAGCAUGUUCAUUGCGUAAGUUUGGAACAUACUGGAUAAAAGAGGGGAAGAUUGUUGGAGCAUUCCUUGAGAGUGGGACCCUUGAAGAAAAUAAGAAGAUUGCCGAAGUAGCUAGGCUUCAGCCUGCUGUUGAUAAUUUGGAUGUUGCAAUAAAGGAGUUGGGUCAUUCCUCGAAAGCAAUAUACAGUGGUGCUGAUGCUGAUUAUGAAUUCAAGUAUGUGAUCCUUGGUGGCGGCGUGGCUGCUGGAUAUGCAGCUAGAGAGUUUGUUAAGCAAGGUGUUAAGAGAGGAGAGCUUGCAAUUAUCUCCAAAGAAGUAGUGGCUCCAUAUGAACGUGUCACACUUAGCAAGGAAUAUCUUCUCCCUAACCAACCUUCCAGACUUCCAGAUUUCCAUGUGUGUGUUGGAAGUGGAGGAGAGAGACAGCUUCCUGAGUGGUACACAGAUAAAGGAAUAGAAUUGAUCCUUAACACAGAAAUUAUUCAAGUAGAUCUUGCUUCCAGGGCUCUUGUUAGUGCAUAUGGCCAAGUCUUCAGGUAUCAAACAUUGAUAAUUGCAACUGGUUCCACACCGGUAAGGUUGACAGAUUUUGGUGUACAAGGAACUGAUGCGAAAAAUAUCUUCUACUUGAGAGAAAUUGAUGAUGCUGAUAAGUUGGUUGAAGCGGUUAAAGCAAAGAAGAGGAAGGUUGUGAUUGUUGGAGGAGGAUAUAUCGGUCUUGAGGUUAGUGCAGCUUUGCGAAUCAACAAUUUGGAUGUUACUAUGGUUUAUACUGAACAAUGGUGCAAGCCUCGACUAUUCACUGCUGGUAUUGCUGCUUUCUAUGAGGGUUAUUAUGCUUAUAAAGGGAUCAAAAUUGUUAAGGGAACAGAUCCUGUUGGAUUUACAGCUGACUCUAAUGGCAAUGUCAAAGAAGUAAAACUAAAGGAUGGCAGAGUAUUGGAAGCCGGCAUUGUUUUUGUUGAUGUAGAAGCUAGACCUCUGACAUCAUUAUUCAAGGGACAGGUUGAAGAGGAGAAAGAUGGAAUAAAGACUGAUGCAUUUUUUAGGACAAGUGUUCCUGAGGUGUAUGCUGUGGGAGAUGUCGCUACUUUUCCUAUGAAAUUGUACAAUGAGAUGAGAAGAGUUGAGUAUGUUGACCAUGCCUACAAAUCAGCUGAGCAUGUUGUUAAGGUCAUCAAGGCAAAUGAGAAGGGCAAAACAACUGAUGAGUAUGACUACAUCCCAUCCUUGUUCUCUCGAAUCUUCGAUCUCUCGUGGCAUUUUUAUGGUGAAACUGCUGGUGAGACGGUGCUCUUCAGAAACAGAAAUCCAGCAUGUUCAGUGUGUAAGUUUGGAGCAUACUGGAUAAAAGAGGGGAAGAUUGUUGGAGCUUUCCUUGAGAGUGGGACCAUUGAAGAAAAUAAGACGAUUGCUGAAGUUGCUAGGCUUCAGGUUGCUGCUGAUGAUUUAGAUGCCGUAAUAAAGGAGUUGGGUUGUUCCUCGAAUGCAAUAUACAGUGGUGCUGAUGCUGAAUAUGAAUUCAAGUAUGUGAUCCUUGGUGGCGGCGUGGCUGCUGGAUAUGCAGCUAGAGAGUUUGUUAAGCAAGGUGUUAAGAGAGGAGAGCUUGCAAUUAUCUCCAAAGAAGCAGUGGCUCCAUAUGAACGUGUCACACUUAGCAAGGAAUAUCUUCUCCCUAACCAACCUUCCAGACUUCCAGAUUUCCAUGUGUGUGUUGGAAGUGGAGGAGAGAGACAGCUUCCUGAGUGGUACACAGAUAAAGGAAUAGAAUUGAUCCUUAACACAGAAAUUAUUCAAGUAGAUCUUGCUUCCAGGGCUCUUGUUAGUGCAUAUGGCCAAGUCUUCAGGUAUCAAACAUUGAUAAUUGCAACUGGUUCCACACCGGUAAGGUUGACAGAUUUUGGUGUACAAGGAACUGAUGCGAAAAAUAUCUUCUACUUGAGAGAAAUUGAUGAUGCUGAUAAGUUGGUUGAAGCGGUUAAAGCAAAGAAGAGGAAGGUUGUGAUUGUUGGAGGAGGAUAUAUCGGUCUUGAGGUUAGUGCAGCUUUGCGAAUCAACAAUUUGGAUGUUACUAUGGUUUAUACUGAACAAUGGUGCAAGCCUCGACUAUUCACUGCUGGUAUUGCUGCUUUCUAUGAGGGUUAUUAUGCUUAUAAAGGGAUCAAAAUUGUUAAGGGAACAGAUCCUGUUGGAUUUACAGCUGACUCUAAUGGCAAUGUCAAAGAAGUAAAACUAAAGGAUGGCAGAGUAUUGGAAGCCGGCAUUGUUUUUGUUGAUGUAGAAGCUAGACCUCUGACAUCAUUAUUCAAGGGACAGGUUGAAGAGGAGAAAGAUGGAAUAAAGACUGAUGCAUUUUUUAGGACAAGUGUUCCUGAGGUGUAUGCUGUGGGAGAUGUCGCUACUUUUCCUAUGAAAUUGUACAAUGAGAUGAGAAGAGUUGAGUAUGUUGACCAUGCCUACAAAUCAGCUGAGCAUGUUGUUAAGGUCAUCAAGGCAAAUGAGAAGGGCAAAACGACUGAUGAGUAUGACUACAUCCCAUCCUUGUUUUCUCGAGUCUUCGAUCUCUCGUGGCAUUUUUAUGGUGAAACUGCUGGUGAGACGGUGCUCUUCAGAAAUAGAAAUCCAGCAUGUUCAGUGUGUAAGUUUGGAACAUACUGGAUAAAAGAGGGGAAGAUUGUUGGAGCUUUCCUUGAGAGUGGGACCAUUGAAGAAAAUAAGACGAUUGCUGAAGUUGCUAGGCUUCAGAUUGCUGCUGAUAAUUUAGAUGUCGUAAUAAAGGAGUUGGGUUGUUCAUCGAAAGCAGUAUACAGAGGUGCUGAUGCUGAUUAUGAAUUCAAGUAUGUGAUCCUUGGCGGCGGGGUGGCUGCCGGAUAUGCAGCUAGAGAAUUUUUUAAGCAAGGUGUUAAGAGAGGAGAGCUUGCAAUUAUCUCCAAAGAAGCAGUGGCUCCAUAUGAACGUGUCACACUUAGCAAGGAAUAUCUUCUACCUAACCAACCUUCCAGACUUCCAGAUUUCCAUGUGUGUGUUGGAAGUGGAGAAGAGAGACAGCUUCCUGAGUGGUACACAGAUAAAGGAAUAGAAUUGAUCCUUAGCACAGAAAUUAUUCAAGUAGAUCUUGCUUCCAAGGCUCUUGUUAGUGCAUCUUGCCAAAUCUUCAAGUAUCAAACAUUGAUAAUUGCAACUGGUUCCACACCGGUAAGGUUGACAGAUUUUGGUGUACAAGGAGUUGAUGCAAAAAAUAUCUUCUACUUGAGAGAAAUUGAUGAUGCUGAUAAGUUGGUUGAAGCGGUUAAAGCAAAGAAGAAGAGGAAGGCUGUGAUAAUUGGAGGUGGAUACAUAGGUCUUGAAGUUAGUGCAGCUUUGAGAAUCAACAAUUUGGAUGUUACUAUGGUUUAUCUUGAGCCAUGGUGUGGGCCUCGGCUCUUCACUGCUGGUAUUGCUACAUUCUAUGAGGCUUAUUAUGCUAAUAAAGGAAUCAAAAUUAUUAAGGGAACAGUUGCUGCUGGAUUCACGAUUGACUCUGAUGGAGACGUCAAAGAAGUGACACUAAAGGGUGGCAGGGUGCUAGAAGCCAAUAUUGUUUUUGUUGAUGUAGAAGCUAGACCUCUCACAUCAUUAUUCAAGGGGCAGGUUGAAGAGGAGAAGGGUGGAAUAAAGACUGAUGCGUUUUUCCAGACAAGUGUUCCUAAUGUUUAUGCUGUGGGAGAUGUUUCUACUUUUCCUUUGAAAUUGUAUAAUGAGAUGAGAAGAGUUGAGCAUGUUGACCAUGCCCGCAAAUCAGCGGAGCAGGCUGUGAAGGCCAUCAAGGCAAGCGAGGAAGGCAAAACAAUUGAGGAAUAUGACUACCUCCCAUACAUUUUUUCUCGUUCUUUUGAUCUCUCAUGGAAGUUCUAUGGUAGCAAUGCUGGAAAGAGAUUACUGGUUAGAGACAAUGAUCCCGCAUCAGGAAAGCAGAAGUUUGAAACGUUCUGGAUAGAAAAGGGCAAGAUUAUUGGAGCUUUCCUUAUGAAUGGGACUCCUCAGGAAAAUGAUGCCAUUGCCAAAUUUGCUAGGGUCCAGCCUGGAGUUGAUAAUUUGGAUGUGCUGAAGGAGGAGCUGGGUUUGCCCUCUAAAGAAGAAGAAAGAGUUGCCAGCGCUGGUGAUGAAUUCUUCAAGUAUGUGAUCCUUGGUGGUGGCGUGGCUGCUGGAUAUGCAGCUAGGGAAUUUGUUAAGCAAGGUAUUAAGCGAGGAGAGCUGGCAGUUAUCUCGAAAGAAGACGUGGCUCCAUAUGAACGUCCCAUACUUAGCAAGGAAUAUCUUCUCCCUGAGACACCUGCUAGACUUCCAUAUUUCCAUGUGUGUGUUGGAAGUGGAAGAGAAAGGCAACUUCCUGAGUGGUACACAGACAAAGGAAUAAAAUUGAUCCUUAGCACAGAAAUUGUUCGACUAGAUCUUUGUUCCAAGGCUCUUGUUAGUGCAUCUGGUGAAGUCUUCAGGUAUCAAACAUUGAUAAUUGCAACUGGUUGCCCAACGGUCAGGUUGACAGAAUCAGAUGUGCAAGGAGCUGAUGCGAAAAAUAUCUUCUACUUGAGUGAAAUUGAUGAUGCUGAUAAGUUGGUUGAAGCAAUUCAGGCAAAGAAAAACGGGAAGGCUGUGAUAAUUGCAGAUACACUUUGGGGUCUUAAGAUUAGUGAAGCUUUGCUAAUUAACAAUUUUGAUGUUAGCAUGGUUUUUCCUGAAGUUUGGUUUUUCAAUUCUGAAAUUGCAGCUUCCUAUCAUUCUUAUUAUAAAUCAAAAGGAGCCAAAUUUUUUGCAAGCACUUGUGAAGUUGGGUUUACGACUAACUCUAGUGGAGAGGUCAAGGAAGUGAAACUAAAUGAUGGCACUGUGCUGGAAGCUGACAUUGUGAUUGUUGAUAUAGAAAUUACAUAUAUUACAUCAUUACUUGAGUGUCAGUUUGAAGAGGAGUUGGGAGGAAUAAAGACUAAUGCAUUUUUCAGGACAAGUGUUCCUGAUGUUUAUGCUGUGGGAGCUGUGACUACUUUCCCUUCGAAAUUGUACAAUGGGAAUUUUAUCAGGGCUACAGAAGUUGACCAUGCCCGCAAAUCAGCUGAGCAUGCUGUGAAGGCCAUCAAGGCAAGUGAAAAAGGCAAGACAAUUGAUGAAUAUGACUACCUCCCUCACUUGUAUUCUCGUUCCUUUGAUCUUAUAUGGAAUUUCUAUGGUUUCUUUAAUGGCAACUUGGUGAUGUUUGGAGAAAUGGAUCAUGUAUCACCCCUGCAUAAGUUUGGAGCAUACUGGAUCGAAGAUUGGAAGAUUAUGGGAACUUUCCUUGAGAAUGGAAGUUCUGAAGAAAACGAGGCCAUGGCCAAAGUUGCUAGGGUCCAGCCUCGAGUUUAUAAUUUGAAUGUACUGAAGGAGCAGGGUCUUUUUUUCGCCACAAACUUUUGAGAAUUCAAAACGAUUUUCAGUUCACUUACUUCCAUAACCUGUAAGGAUGCAGCAAAUUCGGCUACCAAAGAUCAUGAAUAAACAAAAAAAGAGGUUUGUUAUUUUUUUUCUAAUAUAUUUCUUUUUAGUGCGGUUUCCGUCAAUGCUUUGUACAACAUUUAAGAAAUUCCAUUACAAGAAAAUAAUUAAUAAGUAUUCUAGCAACUAUAAGAAAUAGCUUUGUUUGUGUCAUCCUACUGUGACAGCAUUAAAAAGCAACUUCAAAUAGUGUAAACUUGCAGAC